GCAAGAGAGAAACACCUGUAGCUGACACGUUCCGUCGCCACACAGUACAGCUGUGUCUGUCGUCCAAGUGCGGUUGCGCUGAGCGUUUGGUGUUCCUCCGCGUAGAGCUGUUCUCUCUCGUCUCCGCUCUCUUUCUCUCUCAGUGAUUAAAGAAAAAAGUUCCUCAUUUCGUUGUGACGAGUACACGCAGCUAAGUCGCCCCAUCAAAAACGAAUAAUAAAAGGAUUUAUCGACACUUAAGCUGAAGCACAGAGCCCGCAUCCUCUAGUGGACUAGUGUCUAGGAAUUGCAUAGUAGUGUUAUCGUAGAAGUCGUCAAAAGACCAGCAUUCAUAUCUAUCUAUAUAUAUGUAUUUGCUCAUAUUUAGCAACAACAACAAAAACCCUUUAUAAGCUCUAUUUUUCUCUUCUACAUAAGUACGCGGCGUACCAGGUACCAGUGCUUUAUAUACACACAUAUAUAUAAAUACACAUACAUACAUAUAAUAUAUAUAUUGCACGUGUCAUACGCACUUUGCGUAUCGAACUCCGUUACGUCGACGGCACACGAGUGGGGCUUUAUUGAAAACGUUACUCUUCUCUUCUCUUCUUUGCGUUUCUUCUCCGUCCUCUCCCCCCCUCUCUCUGUCGCCGUCUUUCCCAUUCUGCGAGCUUUUUCUUUUCUGACUUUUACUUUGAUUUCGUGCAGGCGACAAACAACUUUUUUUUCUUCUUACACUCGCGGCUAAAUUCAUCUUUCUCUUCUGUGUUGGGCAGGCACCGUGGCGUCGCGUCGCUGGCACAUUUACGCCGCUCCUUCUGAGCCGGUUUCUUAUUUUCAUUUUAUAUCUUCUGCUCCCCAUCUUGAGUCGUAUGACGAGUACUGUAGGUGUUAUAGAGUCUUCUUUGUUUUUCUCUUGAUAACGCUUCUUGUUGAGAACAUGCGGAGCACAGCAGUCGUUCGUGCGGUGUGUGCUUCGUCGCGGACGUGUCGUGAGUGGCUCAACUCGAAGAGUGCGUACACACAUCGUAUGGACAACGUGGUCCAACUUGCUGUGCCUACGGCGCACCGCGGCACUGCCCCUCGCUGGCACCGCACACUGGCCCUGCAUGCGGCGAAGGACGCACAUGUUGGGCGAGUGCACUGCACUCCCCGACGCACCUUAUUUAGAGGCUGGAAAGCGGUCGAUGUACGCACGGAGGACGCCGCCAGUGCGGCUGACACGCGUACCGACGCCGUGUCGCAUGCGCAAGCGGGGGAGAUGAGGGACGGUGCUGCCGCUGCUACGCGAAAUGAAAUCACCCAGCUACGCCAACAAAUCGUGGAUUUGAAAGAGGCCCUCGAAGCGAGUCAGGAGACGGUGAAGCAGCUCCUGGUGCUGACCUCUGCGCAGAAAGCGUCAGGCGAUGUGGCUGCCGCCGCUGCUUCUGCCGCUGCUGCCGUACCGUGCGGCACGCCAGGCCGUCCCUGUGGCCCGUGCGGCUAUCCGGCGGAGGCGGCAAAGAGUGCGCGUGGUGCGUGCUACGUGGUGCGUACCAGCGAAGAGCUCGUCGAUGCGCUGCGGGGGCGUGGCAGCGAACACGCCUCCCGCACGAUUCUGCUCGAUGGAAAACUCUUUCUGCUGGACAUGUAUGGGAAGGUUGAGGUGGAUCAGGCCCGCGUGUCCGUCGUGGGCAACAACGCGACGGUGAUUGGGCACAUCUCGGUGAGGGGCCGCGGUGCGGUGCUGGCGGCCUCGGACGUUUUCUUUCUCUGCCCCUACGACAUACAGCUGCGCCUCUCGGGGGCAAGCAGUGGCGGCGGCACCACCACCACCGUCAAUGCAACAGGACGGAAGGAGGGAGAGAACUAUGCGAACCUGACGCCGGUGAUCGGCGCCACCGCGGGUGCCGGGGUCCACCUUGACCGCUGCGUCUUGAGCAACGGCCGCGAUGGCGUCUACCUGGGCAUGGGCAGCCACUGCACGUUGAAGCGGGUGCGGAUCGUCAACUGCAUUCGAGGCCUGUACGAGGGCGUCGGCUGCCGCACCUCGAUGGUCGAUGCGUGCGCCUUCCAAUCGAAUCGGUACGACAUGGUGCUGCUCGGCCCCGGCGGUGCGGAGCGGGCGCGGCGGCUCUUCCAGAAGAUUUCACCGUCGAACGCGUACGGAGAAAACUUCACCGCGUCGUUCUCGCCUGACGCGGCCGUGGCGGACGUGCUGGCGCCGGACGUGACGGCCGCGUCUGCGAUUGCACUGCAGCAGAACAAGGCGCAGGUGGUGCUGCAGCACAACCCCAUUACGGAUAUUUACGAGGAUUGCUGGGUGGACGGGCAGCAGGUGCAGCUGUCGGAGGUCGAUGCGACGGCGGGGCUGAGUGAUCCGGUCUUCUAG